AGGGGCCGCGCGCGCCACCACCCACCCCUCCCCUCCUCUCCCGUCCCUCAUCGCUUCCCUCCCGCCCACAGCCCGGGACUAGGAGCCGGCGGAAGCAGCAGCAGCAGCAGCUGCGGCAGUUCCCACCCCUCAGCAGCCACACAGAGACACCGGCAGCAGCAGCAGUAGCAGCAGCAAGACGCGGCAACGGCGCCGGGUUUGGUUCAGUAUGUCCACCACCGCUCGGCGCCGGCGGCGACCGAGGCUUGCAGCGGCCAGCCGGCAGCAGCAGCGGCUGAGCUUCCCGGGUCUUUAACUUGACCCUCUGCCGCCGCCGCCGCCGCCGCCGCCUCCUUCUCCUGAGGUAGGGGAGGCAAUGGUAAUGAACUGACCCGGCGGCAGCGGCCAACCACCCAGCCUUCUUCUGCGCUCCCCACUCACGUUUCCCUCGAGGAGCAGCGAAGGAGGAGAGAUCUGCUGUCUAAAGCGAAGCUUCGGUUGCUGCUGGGUCUUUGAGGAAUUCCUAGAAUGUGAACCAUGUGUAGGUGUGCAUAAUGAAGACUAAAGGUCCUGCAAAGAAAAUUGCCUCUUUUGCACAGGGUUCUGAAAGAAAAAGACUGAAAAAAGGUUUGAUGCUCCUUCACUGGGCCUUUAGCAUACGGCAGAAUAGGCACAGAGUUGCCAUGAAACCUAACUUGAAGCAAUGGAAACAACUCAUGCUGUUUGGAAUAUUCGCGUGGGGUCUCCUGUUCCUGGUUAUCUUCAUCUAUUUCACAGAUAGCAACACGGCUGAAGCAGUUCCAAGCUCCUUCUCCUACACUGAGACUAAAAGGCUUUUGCCCAUUCAAGGCAAGCAGCGAGCUAUCAUGGGAGCCAUGCACGACCCGUCCUUCUCUGAUACAGCUGAUGAGAACGAUCUGCUUCUCGGCAAAGACGUCUCGGGUUCACUCAAAUCGGGGACUGGGAGCAUUAAAAAAUGGGCUGACCUAGACGAUGGCUUUGAAAGUGAAGAGGAAUUUUUCCCUCCCCAAUUAGGAAGAAAAUCAAAAAGUGCUUUCUAUCAAAGGUCUGGUGAUUAUUUAUUUGCUGCUGGUCAGCGUCGGUCACAGAGCAGUAUUCAGAGAAUAGGGAGAUUAGUCUCAGCAGAGGGGGCGGAUCAGAAGAGCAAUGCCUUGCAGGAUAAUUGGCUCCCUCAAAGGAAGAAAAAGAAAAGGCAUGCGAGACACAGGAGAGGCCAGAUGUUUGAAGAGUCUAAUGAAUGGGAUGGAGUAUAUUCCACAAUGUCGAAAUCUUUCCUCUACAGGCUUUGGAAAGGGAACGUCUCCUCUAAGAUGCUUCUCCCUCGCCUACAGAAAGCAAGGAAAGGUUACCUGGAUACUAAUAAGCAUAGGGUUCACUUCAAAGGGAAGCGAAACCUCAAGUUGACUUCAGAGCAGCUCCUCUGUGAGCUCAAGGAACGUGUGGAUGUCAGGACCAUCGAUGGCAAAGAAGCUCCCUUUUCUAUCCUCGGAUGGGAAAGGCGGGUCCCCAAAGUUUCUCUGAGCAAGCUGUACCCACGUGGGUUUGGUAGCUGUGCUGUCGUCAUGUCCGCUGGUUCCAUACUGAACUCUUCUCUAGGGGAUGAAAUAGACUCCCAUGAUGCCGUCUUGCGAUUCAACUCUGCUCCAACAAACGGAUAUGAAAAAGAUGUCGGAAAUAAAACAACCAUGCGCAUCAUUAAUUCCCAAAUUCUUACCAAUCCUAAGCACCAGUUCACUGACAACCCCUUAUAUAAAGAUGUUACCCUAGUCGCUUGGGAUCCUGCACCCUAUUCUGCAGAUCUGACUGUGUGGUUUAAGCAGCCAGACUACAACUUGUUUACUCCCUAUGCACUGCAUCGCAGGAGGAAUCCUAAACAGCCAUUUUACAUUCUCCACCCCAAAUUUAUAUGGCAGCUCUGGGAUAUCAUUCAGGAGAACACCAAGGAAAAGAUACAACCCAACCCUCCUUCUUCAGGUUUCAUUGGGAUUCUCAUCAUGAUGUCCAUGUGCAGCGAAGUCCAUGUAUACGAAUACAUUCCUUCAGUCCGGCAGACCGAUCUCUGCCACUACCAUGAACUCUACUAUGAUGCGGCUUGUACCUUGGGGGCUUACCACCCGCUGCUUUAUGAGAAACUGCUGGUGCAGAGGAUGAACAGAGGCUUCCAGGAAGAUCUGUACCGGAAAGGAAAAGUGAUUUUGCCAGGGUUCAGGUUUCCACUCUGUAACAUGGCAACAUAAUUCGAACCUCUGUUGUUACAUGGCCAGCUGUGUACAUGCCUUAUAUUCACACAUAUCAUCUCAUUUUCUAAAGCUGUAGUCGCCGAGCUACUCAAAUAGAAGACUGUGUACUUUUUAAAUAGCCUUGAGAAUUAUUUUGUAUGAUAAUUUUUUAAGUGAAUGUGCACUCUUCAAGAAACGAAAGCUUGAGAUUUUCCAGGAGUCGCAUUUUUAAAAACAGUGUUUGUAUACAUUUUAACACUUUUGUAUUUUCUAUUUUGGUUUUAUAUAUUUUUAUGUAUGCACAGUGUACAGAUUUUUCUUGUAAAUAAAGUUUGUUUGUUUUUUUAUUUGAU